AUGUCGAACUCUGGCAAGCCAAAUGCAUCGGGCCUUUCUGCAGAGGAGAGCAAGAAGCUGCCUACCCGUCAGCCAACGCAAGAUGAGCAAGCGUCCGUCAAGGCCAUGAAAGACAUCUAUACCGCCAACCCGAACGAGGAAGCUUAUCAUCAAUAUGAUGACAAGGCGAUCUUCCAUGACCCAGUCGGCUAUUGCGAGGGCGUAGGCAGGAUUCGCGAGCAAUUCAACGGGCUCGCGAAGCUUUUCCCCAAGAGUGUCGCAGACAAGCACAACGUGCUCGAGAACCCGCCAACAGUGGCGAAGCAUACGAUCCUCAUCGACCAGGACAUCACCUACUACCGCGAUCCCAAUGGAGAGCCAACCAAGACGAUGAACUCGCUCUUGACCAUCGAGCGUAACCCAGACGGUAAGAUCACAAAGCACACUGAGGAAUGGAAUCACCAGCACGAGCCUUCGAGCCAGGAUGGCUUUUUCGGCAUGCUAUCACAGUAUCGUAAGAAGGCGACAGUCGCGGCCACCGGUGCGUUCCUCGACCAGAAGGCGCCGAAAGAAAAGUCCUCGGACUAG